AUGUACCGGAGAGGACGCCACGUAGGCACCCCGCUCGACGAUUCCCGGACACCUUCGACCACCGACGCGUCGAACGGUCGGAACUUAGGGCCACGCGACCGGGUACCAACUACCAUGGUCGGUGCUCAGGCACUUAGGGAGGAGCUGUCGAGUCCAAAAGGCAAGUUCGAGGGCCCAGUAAAUCCGGACCGGGUAGCAGCGAGCAGGUGGAGGCGCACGGGGCUUAGGGAGGUCCGAGUAGGGCAAAGAAGGGUGGUAACCAUGGAGUCUCAGGCUAGUCUUGAGCAUUUCAGCGGUGCGUUGGGCCAAAUAGAGCGAGGUACCGUAGAGAGCAUUGCGUCAGGUCAAAUUAGGGUUGACAUCGAGAGUUGCAAGGAGCGUGUUGCUGUCAGGUGUUUAACGUGCUUGCAUCAGAUUUGGGUGAGGGGCAAGGAUGGGCAAUUGAGGGUCAAUUUCCGCAAGAGCGAUCGCAAGAUCAUGGGCUACCUCAUUAGCGCUCAGAUCCCAAAGGGCAAGCAAUGCAGGCAAAUUGUGUGCUUGAGCUGCAUCCACAAGCUUCUGGGCAUGGUGACGGAGAACUCUGAUGGUCUGUCGGUGACGUUGAGCAGCAGGAACGAUGGGGGGCAAGACACAACCAUAUUGCGGCGGCAAACGGGGGAAGGGGCUUGGAGCCAAACCUUUGAGCUCACGGAUGUCGUGCUGAGCUAUCUCUCUCGAGAGAACGUGACGACGGGGCUGGGGCAGAGGCCAGUGGCCACGGCGGCGUCUCAGAUUGGCGAGCGAGGGAUGGCCAAGGGAGUGCGGCCGAGAGCAAGAGGACAUCGGAAAAAGGGGGUCGCGCCUAGGCCUAACGGUCUAUGGUGCCGCACCUUUUGCCUGUUAUCACGAACGUGCCGGAGCGCCGCCGUUGGGGCGCCGACGCCCUUGGUCUGCGCUCAGUGUCCGCCGAGCGGCAGGUUGUGCGCGGCUCGGAGGCGACCCCGGCACUCACGCGGUACGGCGCACUGCUGGGCGGCAUGCGUGUUUGCCGACCUGUCGCCGAUGCCGAACAUCCCCGGCCUGUC